AUGGGCGUCUCCGCGAACCGGCGGGGCGAGAGUUUGCGGCGGGUGAAGACCAUACUGGCGGUGUCUUCCUGCAAGGGCGGCGUCGGCAAGUCGACGGUGGCCGUGAACGUCGCGCUCACGCUGGCGAAGCGGGGCCUCGACGUGGGCCUCGCCGACGCGGACGUCCACGGGCCCAGCGUCCACGUGCUCUGCGGCGAGCCGAAGGACGGCGCGGUGCGCCUGGCGCCGGAAAUGGACGCGUACGGCCGCGAGCUUCUGGAGCCCUUCGAGGCCCACGGUCUGAAGCUCAUGUCCUUCGGCUAUUUGAACGACGCGCCGGCCUACAUGCGCGGGUCGCGCGUGUCGGGCGUCGUGCAGCAGAUCGUCGCGUCGGUCGCGUGGCGCGAUUUGGACGUCUUGGUCGUCGACUGCCCGCCGGGCACGGGCGACGCGCAGCUGACGCUCUGCCAGGUGCUCGACAUGGACGCGGCCGUCGUCGUGACGACGCCGAGCCGCCUCUCCUUCGCGGACGUCGUGAAAGGAGUGGCGCUCUUCGACGAGGUCGACGUGCCCGUCGUCGCCGUCGUGGAAAAUCUGCGCGAGUUCGCGCUCCCCCGC